ACGUGGGCAUCAAUCCAUGGAUCUGAGCUCUCACCACCACCAAUAAAUAAACACAGGUCUGCUUCACACCUUCACGCUCUCUCACUGAUCAUCAAUCACGCUCUCUUCUAUUUUUCUCACCGGCGAUAAUUUUCCGAUCUCGAUUCAGAUGGCGAAGGAACCAGUUCGUGUUCUUGUUACCGGAGCUGCAGGACAAAUUGGAUAUGCUCUUGUUCCUAUGAUUGCAAGGGGAAUAAUGCUUGGUGCAGACCAGCCUGUGAUCCUCCACAUGCUUGAUAUCCCUCCGGCAGCAGAAGCUUUGAACGGUGUGAAAAUGGAGUUGAUCGAUGCUGCUUUCCCUCUCCUGAAAGGUGUGGUUGCUACAACUGAUGCUGUUGAAGGGUGUACUGGUGUUAAUGUUGCUGUCAUGGUUGGCGGUUUCCCGAGGAAGGAAGGAAUGGAAAGGAAGGAUGUUAUGUCGAAGAACGUUUCCAUUUACAAGUCUCAAGCUGCUGCCUUGGAGAAGCAUGCCGCACCAAACUGCAAGGUUCUGGUUGUUGCAAACCCUGCAAACACCAAUGCAUUGAUCCUGAAGGAAUUUGCACCAUCAAUCCCAGAGAAGAACAUUACUUGCUUGACCAGGCUUGACCACAACAGGGCAUUGGGACAAGUCUCUGAGAGGUUAAGCGUACCAGUGUCUGAUGUCAAGAACGUGAUUAUCUGGGGAAACCACUCAUCAACCCAAUACCCAGAUGUCAACCACGCUACCGUUAAGACUUCCUCUGGAGAGAAGCCAGUGCGUGAGCUAGUCAAGAAUGACGAGUGGUUGAAUGGAGAGUUCAUUUCCACCGUUCAACAACGUGGAGCUGCCAUUAUCAAGGCCAGGAAACUGUCUAGUGCACUCUCUGCAGCUAGCUCUGCUUGUGAUCAUAUCCGUGAUUGGGUCGUUGGAACACCCGAGGGCACAUUUGUUUCAAUGGGAGUAUACUCAGAUGGAUCCUACAAUGUUCCAGCUGGACUUAUCUACUCUUUCCCCGUAACCUGCCGUAGUGGAGAGUGGACUAUUGUUCAAGGUUUACCGAUCGAUGAAGUAUCAAGGAAGAAGAUGGAUUUGACAGCAGAGGAGUUGAAGGAAGAGAAGGACCUCGCUUACUCAUGCCUCUCUUAAAUCGGUUUUUCUCAGCCGGUUUAAUCAGUGAGAGCUUUGUUUUGAAUAAAAAAGUUUGCUAUAA